AUGACGGAAGCGCCGAAGCAUGCAACCCUGCAAACGGGCAUUCCCGUGUAUGCGAUCGGGUUUAGCAAUGAUAUGCACAUAUUCUACGUAGGCGGUGGUGGCGCAGGCCGCUCUGGAGUGUCGAAUGCAAUUAAAUCCGCAAAGCUGCAGCGCGGGGACAAUGCACUAACGCUCCAUCCCGCCGGCGAAUUCAAGCUCCGCGGCGAUGAAGAUGCACCUAUGUGUGUUACUGUGUCGCCAUCGAGCGAUGCACUCGUGGUUGGCAUUAACUCUGCGGCGGACAUUGUGCGCGGGGGCGAGAAUCGUCAUUUGCGCGUGUACGAUUUCGGCGUGCAAGCCAGUCCUGGCGCACGUGCAGAAGGCCAAGCUGACUUGCAUGUCGAUAUCCGGGAGCGCAGUGCACUUGCAUCGCUCGGUAUGGCCGAUCCCGAACAGUACCAAAAAACCGUUUCCUUCUCCCCGGAUGGAAAGCUGCUUGCCGUUGGCAGCAGUGAUGGGCGUCUUCAAUUGCACCGCUACCCAAGCCUGGAACCCGUAUGGAGCUCUACUCAGGACACGUUUACCAGCGACGAAGAGAUUUACGACACCGAUUUUUCUCAGGACGGGACGCAGCUUGCAUGCACCACGCAGUCCAAGGUCGUUGUUCUAUCCACAUCUCCCAGGACGAAAGAAAAAGGCGGUGUGCUUACAUACACCCCUCGCAUCCUCCAGACCAUCGAUAGCGCAACCAUCGGUACGUCGGAGCGCGGCGCGUUCCGCAUGGCCAAGUUUGGCCGUACAAAGACGAUGGAUGUCGGCACACGCGAUAUGCUUUUUACCCUUGUCAACACUGCGCCAUCGAAAGAUGCCAAGGCGCGCCCAAGCUACAUUGUCGCUUGGAAUGCCGACAAGUGGCAGAUUACCGCAAUUCGAAAAGUGUCGCAGCGGCCCGCUACCGUGCUCACAGUUAGCCCCGACGGCCGCUUUGUCGCGUGCGGCAUGUCGGAUUUAAAUCACUCUUCGUCCACUGCUGAAAAUUGA